AUGCUGAAGACGUCUCCAGCUUUGUCCGCUUCCGCCAAUGCCUCACCUACUGCUUUUCGAUAUGCGACCUUGUCUGCCCAGCACUCCUCUAAGCCUUCGCCAGCUCUCCGGCGACGGCCUUCUACCCGCUCCAACACUUCGUCUUCCGCCGACGCCAUGAAGUCCUCUCCGAUACAACGUCCGAGACAAUACGUCGCAAACGACCCAGGCGUACAUGGAUCCCCUAACGUAGCCCAACGGCCACCGUCCUCACUUUCUCAGAAGGCUUCCGCGCAUCCUUCGCAAUCGCCCCAUCCUGCUGCCUCCUCACAACCCUCCCAGGACCAAUCCGUGCAACCAGGUCAAUCUCUAAGCGGGGUUUCACCAACUAAACGUCGAAGUUCACCCGCUCCGAUUGAUCCUGAAGCCGCCGCUGCAGCAAACUCGUCACCACAGACGACUAAACGUGCAAAACCAGAUACGCCGCCACCAAAAGUGCUGCCGGAUCGCUAUGAGCUAUGCGCUGUCGAGGACAUGGUAGAACUGGUUGCGCACAUGUUGGCAGAGCUGAUCGCUACGAAUGACGCCAUCCGGAUAUCGAAUGGCGGCUUGACACGCUUUCACUCUAGAACCCCACCAGGGAUCUCGGUCCGUGAUUAUCUGCAUCGUUUGGCUCGGCAUGCGACAUUAACACCACCGCUUCUCUUGGCUAUGGUUUACUACAUUGAUCGGCUAUGUGCCAUGUAUCAAGAGUUUACCAUUAAUACGUUGACCGUACAUCGGUUCCUCAUCACAGCAGCCACAGUUGCGGCUAAAGGGUUAUCAGACUCUUUCUGGAAUAAUACCACUUAUGCUAGAGUUGGGGGAGUUCGCGUUGCAGAGCUCAAAUUACUAGAGUUGGAAUUCCUUUAUCGCGUGGACUGGAAAAUAGUUCCAAAUCCCGAAGUUCUUGUUGCAUAUUACAAGGGCCUUGUGGAACGGACACCCGGGUACGUCUUGGAGUCAGAUGAUUCAGACGAAGAAGAUGAAGAAGAUGAGGACGAGGAUGAGGAAAUCGAAGAUGGAGAGAACGCUGCUUUGGACAGCUAG